AUGGCAGACAAAAUACGUGAAAGAAACCAAUACGCACUCUUAAAACAGAAAUAUUCAGGGAUAGGAAAUGCCGACACCCAUCGUGACGAGUUUCUCGCGACUAUAUACAAUGACACCAUUGCCUCUAUUGCCCAUCAUAAACAUUUGAACUAUUAUAAUCUGAUUGUGGUUAAUAAACAUCCGAGCUUGGUGAAACAGGAGAUGAUUAAGAAGAUCAAGCCGGCACCCAGCUCUGGUGGGAGGAAACAGGACGAUGAAGUUGCGGUCGUUGCUGCAAAGCGGUGA